GAAAAAUCCUUAAAUGUUACUUUCACUUUUUACGUGGUUAUCCACUUCUCAAGCGAUCUUUUUAGUAUAUUCAAACAUCAUCAUUUUAAUCUGAUUCAUCUGAAUUUGAUAUGGUUUCACCAUCCUAAUCCUCUAUUAUACAUUUAUACUCCGUAUAUCCUUUAACACAAUUCACACAAUUUUGCUGAGCUGAUUUCUAUCCAAACUAGAUCUAGUCAAUCAAGAUUAAGAUCUAAACGGUCUCAUUAAAAAUCAUAAGAUCGUGGAUUCGUGGGUCGGGCGUGAGGCGUCAAUUGAAAGGCCCAAAACUCUGUUUCACAAGUGCGCUUUUGGUCCGUUGUCUUUCAUUAUCCGAUCCUUCGCUGCCCGCCUAGCAAGCGUUCGACCAUUUGCCUGAAAGAAGCCUCGAGCAGCGGAGAAGGAAGUCAUGAGUGCCGGAAAGUUGAAGAACUUGCUGGCAUCGGUAGCCAUCGGAGGAGUGACCGAGGCGAGGGCGAGCAUAUUUGGCCACGUGCUUAACCCCACGGGCGAAAGAUCUGCUCAUAAAAUUCUGCGCAAGAAGCUGAUUGGAGACAAGGUUUCGCAGUGGUACCCCCAUGACAUCAGAAAGGACGACCCUCUCAUCAUGGCUCGAGAAGAACAAGAGCGCUUAAGUAAGCUUGAAAUGUUGAAGCGCCGAGGUAAGGGACCACCUAAGAAGGGGCAGGGAAGGCAAGCAAAGAAGCGGAACAAAUAGGCAUUGUCUCUAGAUCGUCUAGUAAUAGUUUACCAAGCAUUAGUGUUUUUUUAUUUUAUGGCUAGUUUUUCUCUCUGGUAUUUUUUGUCAUGGUCAGACUAUAUUUACUACUAUCUGUCCUGGAAAAAGAAGUUAUGUUUGUAAUAAUAAUUUUAAUACUGAAAUCAGAGAUUUGUUUGUUGUGCAGACGGAUUACUUUAUUGAACAACAUAAAUUAUUUAAAAUAUAAUGUCAA